AUGAAGGUCUCUCUUGCUCUCGUCCUCGCUGCUCUCACGCCCGCUAUCAUGGCAGCCAACAUGAAGUCCGUCAUCAUCAGCUACGGCGAGGAGACUCCGAACGAUGUCAUCAAGGACGCAAAGGACGCCAUCAUCAAAGCUGGCGGCAAGAUCGUCCACGAGUACUCCCUGUUCAAGGGAUUCUCUGCUGAGAUGCCCGAGUCCAUGUUUGACGAGGUCAAGACCAUGGAUGCUAAGUUCCCAGCGACCAUCGAGGAGGACCAGGUCGUCUCGAUCAACACAUAA